UAUUAUAAGAGAUGAGCUUCAGCCGCACAAGUAAACACUUCAAUUGAUGCAGCUGUUUACAAAAAAGAGCUCAGAGCGCUGAAGGAAAAGAUGAGAGGGAGGUCGCUGGUGAGGACAGUGAAACCACCUUGGUUUGUCGUGUUGUUUCCAGGCCACUGACCAAAUAAGAAGCCUUUGUGUUCUUUGCUUUUGCCUGCUUGAUAGAUCAAACCUUUCUUUACAGUGGCCCCAUUUAUCCCUAGAGUUAGAGUCAAGGACAUAAUGUGACACAUCUCAAUCCCGAGCAGUUGUGUAAGAAUAACGCUGAAGACAACAUGCAGGAGUGCCACACUGGACUGUGUCUCUCUGUGUACAUCAUUACCUUUCUGCUGGGCUUUCCCACCAAUGUACUGGCCUUCUACACCUUUUGGAAGAAAGUGAGGCAGAGACCCACGCCAAUCGACAUCCUUCUCCUCAACCUUACCAUCUCUGAUCUCCUUUUCCUCCUGUUUUUGCCCUUUAAGAUGCAGGAAGCCAUGAAUAACAUGAAAUGGGCCCUGCCAUAUGCCUUAUGCCCUCUGUCAGGCUUUGUCUUCUACAUGACAAUCUACAACAGCACCUUCUUCCUGACUGCCGUCAGUGUGGAGCGGUACCUUGGUGUCGCUUUCCCCAUAAAACACACCCUGAAACGCCGACCCAUCUACGCUGUUGCUGCCAGCAUUUUCUUUUGGAUCUUCUCCGUCCUACAUCUAAGCAUUGUAUUUAUAGUGCCGUUUAUUGGACAAGAGCCCCUCACAAACUCCACCAUCGACAUAGCUGAAAGCAAGAAGGAUGUGUGUUAUGACAAUUUCACUGAUGCUCAACUGAGGGUCCUCCUGCCUGUGCGUCUGGAGCUCUGUAUAGUGCUUUUCUGCAUCCCCUUCCUCAUUUCCAGUUACUGCUACAUCAACUUCAUUAGGAUUCUGUCCAAGCUGCACCACAUCGACCGUCGCCGACGCUUGAGGGCCAUUGGCAUGGCACUGGGAACACUGCUCGUCUUUGCCUUGUGCUUUGGCCCCUACAAUGUCUCCCACAUUGUGGGCUUCAUCACAAAGAAGAGUCCCCACUGGAGAGACAAAGCCCUCCUGUGCAGCACCUUCAACGCCUGCCUCGACCCUUUUAUUUUCUACUUCUCCUCCUCCGCUGUGAGAGGAACUGUUGGCAAAUUGAAGGAAGGGGUUAAAAGUCGCCUCUGCAGGUGCAUGUCCUGUCACAUGCUUCAGGCCCUAUGUGGGGGAGCUAACAAGACUGAGAAAGAUAAGGAAUACAAACAACAGGAGAUCAAUGCUAUCACAGCUGACAGGAAAGGGACUGGGAGCAGCAGCCUCAACUAAUUUCUUCAUCCCUGCAAGCAGGAAAUUAAUACCACGUUUAUGUUUUUACUCAUGUGAAAAUGACUUUGCUGUGUACACUGGGGCAGGGUUUGUUUGACUCUCGAUGAACUUACGAUGUGAGGCAGCCUUUUGUUUGCCUGAGCAAGCCACAGCAAUUUUUAAAGGCAGCGUAGUGUGAAAAGCUGCAGAGACAGCCCGCUUUGAACUGUCACAUGAAAUAAAAAAAGCAUUUCUUGCAUUAAGUAGCUGAGUUUCAUUAUAACUCCCAUAAUGCAAUGGGGUGUUGUGAAGACGUGACAUAGAGAUUGCAAAUAUGCAGCACCUAAGCAAUAGCUUCAACUGUCACUUUGUUGCGAUAAAAUUUGAAGACUGUUUUUAUUUUUGGGAGGGGAGGGGGGAGUAUUUACAGCUUAAACUCAAAAAGAGACAUGCUGUCAGUUUGUGUUCGGUAUAUUUCAAGCUUUUAUUACUUUUUAUGUGGAUUAUACAUAAAUUUUUGCUAUGUACUUCAAACAUAAAUAAUAUUUUUCAUACAUGAAUCCUAUAAACAAAAUUUUACAUAACCAUGACUCGAGUGUUUUGUAAAAAGAUGAGCUGUUUAAGGCAAGUCCAGAGGUGUAAGAGGAAGGAGCCCUUUUGUCUGAUGGGAAAAGACACAAAUCAGGUUGUA